AAUCCGGUUGAUUGCAACACUGCUUGUGGGUAUGUGCCCGCCGUUCCGGUCGAUAUUUUAAGGCGUUUUGACGAAAUCGGACUGCACAUUUCCGCAAAGACUUCGGAAAUCAGUGAACAAAGGGCUCAACUUGGUUCCCUUCAACGCGACCUUUGCGCACAGAUACGAAAUGUUGAGCAGCAGCUUCAAGAACUACUUGCUUUGAAGCGUGUACAAGAUGAUGAAAUUGGAGCUCUAAGGCAAAAGGAGAACAAGCGGCCUGCCACUCGUAACUUUAGGCUCCAGUGGUCACCACAAAAGGCAGAAGUUUCCACUGGUGAGGCUUCCACGCAAGUUCAUUUCAAGCUCGAUGUACAAUGCAAAGCCACAAUGACCAAUAUCAAGUAUCCUGGUUCUUCAAAAGCCAGUAUCAUUAUAACAAAGCUCGAGGAUGAAAUCUCACGGAAAAACGACCACGUUAGAGAACUGAAGGUGGCUCAAGAUGCUGCAUUGAAGCUGAUAGAGGAAUUAAAGGUGGGAAUCGAAGAGAGUAAAGCAGCCCUCGUGCAAAAGUGUGGUGAAUUGGAGAAGGAGAAGCUCCGACUACGGCAUCGCGAACGGCAGAGCUUUCAGUCAAAGUCAUGCCAAUCCGAGCCAGUCGGAUAUUGUGACCGUGGUAUUAGCUGCAAGCCUGUUUCAACUCAGACCGCAGAAUGUCAGAUACCCGAAGUUUUUAUGAACUCCUCCAUGAACAAUAUUCCCGGUUUUCUUGCCGAAGCACUAAUGGUACUGGACGGGAGUCGCUGUCUAGCGUCACCGGUAGCUCAAAGAGAAAUUGAGUUGACGAGUGCUGCGGAGCUUGGACACGAAUCUCAAAACAAGCCUUCCAACAUCUCGAAUCUUGAAAACGGUUCCCCUUUGGCCACGCAGACGGAAGUUAAUGUGUCUGUGGAUAUUGGCGAUGCCUCUCACGAGGGCGGUACAAACGUCCAGGCUCUCCUGGACGACUGGAACUCUGCUGAAACCCAAUGGAUUAGCCAGCUAAGGAGUAGUUCGGUUCAUCUAAGCCCACCUCAGGAAGUCGCAGUACGGGCGAAUCAGACGAGUUUGACAGUCAGCGACAUCGAAGGUUAUCCCGCCGUCGCUGUUGUCACGGUACCUGCCACUACUGUGGUUGCCAUGACCUCUACGUCUGAGGCAGCUCACCAUGCUCCACUUUGGUCGUCAAACAAGGAACACGAUUUGGAACUCAUGUAUAGGCAGGCCUGUGCCCUUGACCUUUCAUAUUAUUUGCAACUUGGUUUAGCACUUUCGAUGAAUUCAACCAAUCGUGAUCAGCAAGAAGACGGCAAGCCUUCAUCGGUGGAUUUAACACCAGCAGAUUUUACCAAUGUCUCACCGACUAAUGAACAUAAAGAGUUUGAAGAAACUUUGCAUUUGUUUGGCGGUGCUGCUGAGCCAUCCUACUACACAUCAACCUCUGCAUUCGCUAACGGUGGCACAAAGAACGAGCCCAGAAGUCCAUCAAAAGGUCGAGGAAUCCUUUUUGGCCUGGGCACUUGGAACGAUGAUGACGUUGAGCAGUUGGCAGUCCACUUUCUGACGACGGAGCGCGAACACUCGGCUUCCCUUGAGGCGGCGAUCGAACGGCAUCUCGAGGACCUGCGUCUCGAAGUCGUCUCCUCAAAUCUUCCUCUUGUGCCUUCUGCGCAGUAG